AUGACAUUAGCAUCUAGUUGUUUAUCUGCACUACCAGGGUCCAUCUUGGUCGGUUUCGGGACAUACAUAUUGCUUCGUAACAAAGAAUGUCUGUCAUCAUUCGACUCCAAAACCUACCAAUUUCAGCAAACGCCUCAAAUAUUCGACGCUUUUUCAGCGGAAGGUGACGCAUUUAUUGCCUUUGCUACAGAUGAAGAUGCAAGAAAAGCUAUGCUGCUUGAUCGACAAACGAUCAACGGGGCAUCUGUUCGCCUGUUUCUGAGCAGUAAAGCCGAAAUGCAGUCAAUAAUCGAAUCUGCAAAAACUUCAGCCUUAUUUUCUAGUGGAGGAAAUCCGGUUUUAUCUCAAUCUAUCUCUCAAAAGACUGAAACUAUGCAUGCACUAGAUGUGACAGCUCCUACACUGCCCAGUUCCUUCCCAUCGUACCGUAAUGGAGCCGCUCGUGAAUCAUUUGACGAUUCCUCCAAGCAGUAUCCUUACACCUAUAGCAAAAGUGUAACCCUGGAUCCCCCUCGUGGACAAAUUGAAUCAGCUGAACGUAACAACCCGGACAAAUAUCCCGAAAAUUUACCUCCAGAUAGACCUCAUUUUAGUCAGGAUCGAGAUUAUAGUUACAAUAACCAACCUAACAUGCAUUCAAGGUAUGAUGCAAUACGAGACUUCCCACCAACUAACGACUAUGGUCCAAGAGAUACAUACUUGAAUAACCGAGGUGACUUGGGACAUAGAUCUUAUCGCGAUGAUUACGAUUAUAGUAGGCACCCGCCAUCAGUUACUUCUGAAGACAACUUCGUCCCGAGAGGCAAAGACAAUGAAGGCAAAAGUAGUCCAAGGGACUCUUAUGCUGAUCCUUAUUCUGCGCUACACGUUUCGGAUGGUAUGACGACAGAUUAUGAUAAGUACCGUGCACAAUCUCCUAGAGUAUUCAAUGAUCGGUUCCUUCCACAUGAUAUUCAAUCACGUGAAUUUGGUCAUGGAAAUACCCACCCGUUUCCAUCAGAAUUUAGAAGUGGACCGGGUCAUCCGCUUGAUCUUGUUCCAAAAUGGGGUAUCCGGGUUGAAGAAGAUUUGCUACAACGUCCCACUGGGUAUGUGUUUAUAAUGAUGACAACUCGUGAUUCGUAUGAGCGAGCACUCAGUUUUAAUAAUCGUCCUCACAAAGGUGACGUAAUAAAAGUAGUCAAAUGUACUCUAAGUGAAUUUUACAGUGUUAGUGAUACAAACUUUACUUCAAAAUGCCCUCCAGAGGUUGCCAAAAAACUUCCACCACCUGAUCAGUGCUACCCUCCUCAUUACAACGAUGGUUGUCUUGAGCUAGCUGAACUCCCAUCUGAUACCACCAAGACAGAGGUAGUUCGGUUUUUGGGUGCUCCUGGUCUAACUUGUGAAAAUGUUGUACUGGCUCGUUUCCCUCCAAAUGAUAAGUCUGCACCACGCAGUACCAACUUAACUAGGGCACUAGUUACGCUUCCUUCUGCAGAGGAUAUCAAAAUCCUUCUUUCUGCCAAACCACGGCCAUUUCGACCAGAUGUGGGACUUCCACCAGUGCGCCUAACACCAAUAUCGAAGUUGCAAGUCACUGCUUAUUCAGCCUUAGCGAUCGGUAAUAAAUCUGAAAGUACUAAAGAGUCUGUCAAACCACCUGUUCCUCGUGAUGUCGAUUCGGAGCCUACUAAACCACCUGGUGGCUUUUUGACAUGUGCUUGUGUCAGUGGGUUUUCUCGCACAGUAAAAGAUUCUGAAGUUCUGAAUCUGUUUCCGUCCAUCCUAAUUCCUGGAGAUGCGGUACGACUGGCUCCUGAUGCUAAUAUUGCUUUUAUUGAUUUCAUUAGUGAAAACAACUGUCGUCGUGCUGUAAAUGAAGCAUCGACUGAAGGUUCUAAGGCAAAACAGUCACAUCCAUCUCUUCAUAUAGAAGCCAUUUCUCGAGAGGAAAUGCUGAACCGUUUGGGUGCCGAUCCAAAAGAUGAACAACUCAACUUUGACAGACCUGGAAGAUCUCGUGACAGAGAUCCUCGGGAAUCCCGCAUCCAUUGGGAUCAACGCCAGCGUCCGUCACCUUCGAAUCCAUUUGAGAGCCGUCCCCAAGUGUUCCGCCCGCCUGUGGAUAAUUUACAUUCUAUCCCACCACACCAAUCAGAUAUUUCAUCUGUUCCGAGACAACCUGUUCCUCUUCCACAUCGUCGCCCAGUUCCUGACUUUGUUACAGUUUUUGUCGGAAAUCUUCCACCCGCAUGUACAGUUGAUCAACUAGCUGGAAUAAUGCGGGAUUAUUACUUCGUUCCGGGUUCGAUAAGACUACGCCGUGAUCCUCAAGGGCAGUUUGUUGGUGAAGCGUUAGUUGAUUUCAAAACAAGUUACGAAGCUGAUAGGGCGCUCAGAGGACUAAAUGGAUAUCGAGUAGCCGGUCGACCUUGGUAUUGCAUUUUGAUCACCGGAAGUAACAGUUUCGUGGACAUCGACCGAGGGACCUUAUGGCUUGUGGUGUUCUUUCAGCAUGGAUUCCUCACUAUAUUUCGUUUCAAUUGGAACUGA